UACGCGCACGUGACUCACUGGGACGAGCGUGCCAUCAUCAAAAUCGACAUGGCCCAAUUCAAAUACGUCAAAACAAUCAACCUGGCCGACUGUCAGCCAAUCACCGGCGUCCACACCGACCACGGCCUGCUCAUCAUCCAGUGCCAGACACCGGUCACCCAUCAGCUCAACGGCCAACUAGUGGUCGACCAAAUCACCGACGCUCUCGUCGCCUAUAACCCGCACGUCAGGGCCCAGAGAGCAUACCUGUCGCCCAAUCAACACUUCCUGGUCAAUGUGCUCCGCAAUCAGUCCGGACCGGCAGCUACUGGUCACCCGACCAGCACCACCUCUACCACCACCACGAUCAUUGUCCAGAGGGUGACCAAGGCGGGUGUGGAGUUUUUGUACGAUGUGCGCACCUCGUUGAAUAUAGUCAACUGCGAGUUUGUCUGGAAAAAUGGCAACUAUGACGCCGUACUGGCCUCGGGUACGGCCAACCGCGAGGACCUGCUAUACCUGUCCCUUAGCGACGGCCGCGUGGAGCUCAUCACCGGCAUCGGGCGGCCCACCAACGGUUCCCAUAGGGGUAUGGCGUUGGCGGCCAAGUCUCGGCUCCUGGCGGUGACGGCCACCGAAUCGGUAUUCCUCGUCGACCUCAACACCAAUCGUAUCCAAUGCGAGACAACCCAACGGCACCAGAAGCCCAAUACACUCAUCUGGUCGUAGAUAUACACACAUGUAGUGGUCAUACAUUCAUACCUAUACACCUGUCCAUACAUUUUGUAGUGUUAUAAUUUAAUCGUUUCACUAUUGGUCUCAACGCCUGGUUUUGCUAUCAUUUGGAUAAGAAUAACGAGAAAAAUAAAAUUAAAAACAAUAAUAAGCAUUGAAUAAGUCAUUGAGAAAUAAACACAGAAUAUUCUGUGAUUUGUUUUUUUUUCAAAACGUGUAAUUAAUUUAUAGCUAUAUUUACAUAAUGGUAGAAAUCAUGAAAGAAAAUAGCAUCCGAAUAAUAAUUUAAUAAAAAUUCAAUAUGAUAACAAUUUUUUAGUCAAGGC